UGCGAUCAUAUACGGAUCUGGGGGUCGAGACUGCGCAAUUUCUCGAUGUAAAUCGACAUAUACACUCAGAUGUACGGAUAUCAUAUCUAUCUGUGAGGCAUAUAAAAGGAUGGCCUCAUUACCGACAGAUCGAUCUCAAUGGCGAUACCUAUUAAGCCUCAGAAAAUCUUACUUGAUUAAUCCUAAGCUCUGAGACCAUACACUCUUCGAUAUGCAUCUAUCAACUCAUACUUGGAUGAGACCUGAGCCUCUCGAGGUGACGCUUCGGAGAGCGUCCUCUCUCGGUUAUACGUCAAUCGAGCUCGCUGGUGAACCGACAAGAUACCAUAUAGGCGAAACGCAAGUUCUUUUGAAGAAAUACGAUAUGAGCUGCUGGGCUGUUGUAACAAUAAUGUACGGCUCCCGCGACUUAGCCGCCGUGGAUCCAGCCCAGCGAGAAGCCACAGUUGGGUACAUGAAGAGCCUUGUUGACCUAGCAGCCGGACUGGGUGCGGAGGUAGUGACGUUGGUUCCUUGCACAGUCGGAAAGCUGCAGCCGAAAGCAAGCCCGCACGAUGAGUGGAAAUGGGUCGUGCAGGGCGUGAGAGAGGUGGCGCUCCACGCCGCGGAGAAGAAGGUCCGCGUAGCCAUAGAGCCUCUGAACCGAUUCGAGACGUAUCUGAUCACCAACGUCUCCCAGGUUUUACGACUCAUUGACGAUGCGAAAGUCCCGAAUCUUGGCAUCGCGUUCGAUCCCUUUCACAUGAAUAUCGAAGAACCCGAUUUAAUCGCCGCACUACGCAAGUGCGGCGACAAGCUUUUCGACUUCCAUCUCGGUGAGAACAAUCGUCUUUCCCCGGGAGAUGGAAACUUGGACUGGCCCCUCAUCGUUCAGACGCUGCGUGAGAUAGGUUAUAAGGGUGGUCUAGCUUUCGAGGCCAUGCCGCCUAUCGAUCGGACCCCGAACGGUGGCUUCGGGUCGGAACAGAUGGAAGCUGAACCGUGGGAGGUGGAUGAAGGUACCUUGCAGUUCUUGAAGGACCAUGCUAGCGGUGUCCUAAGAGACGAUUUCUACACCAAAUUGUUGGCACGAUCGGCGGAAACGAUAUUGCCGCUGAUCAAAUAAGAUAUA